CACAGUACAAAUUGGUGUGUGUGUGUGUGUGUUUUGGACUGAACACGCGGGAAGCCUUAGAUGUCCUUUGGUAGCUUACAGCCAUAUAAAUAAGCUUGGAGACUUUGUAUGUUAUGUUCAUCUUCUUUAUAGUUCUUUAAUAAGCUAAGUUUAACUAUAAACAGAGAAAAAAAUGUACAAGUCAAAGCUGCAGGAGCUUUGCCACAAGAAUCAAUGGGGUUUACCAAAGUACACUUCUAUGAGAUAUGGGCCAGAUCACAACCCUCUCUUUGGAGCCUCUGUUUCAGUCAAUGGCAUUUCUUUUGACUCCCUCAUCGUCUCCAAAUCAAACAAACAAGCCCAUAACCAUGCCGCCAUGCUUGCUUUUCUCCACUUCACUUCUCCUCCUCCUCCUCCUGGUUCUCUUUCUUUCCUUCUUUUUUUGUUAGAUAGAAUAUUGUGUUCUCAACUUAACAUAUUGAUUCUUACAGUUGAAACACUUACAGUUGAAGAAAGCGACCAGAAUCUUGAUAUUCACUCAAAUGUUUCUUGGUUGAAAAGUGUAGAUUACAUAAUUUCCUUCCUAGAUGCAGUAAAAGGUGAAAACUCUAAAUAUGAUUCUUCAACACCAAUCAAAACCAACAAGACAGGAAUGAAUGUUGAAGAAACGUCUAAGAGUCUCGAGAUGCAGUCAGAUGCUUUGGGCAUCAGUGAUGGUGAAUCUACUCCCAAAUCAACUUGGAGCUCUGGUGUGGCCUAUGACUUGGUGCAGAGUCUCAAACACCAAUGCAUUUUGGUUCCACAUCAACCUCAGAUUUAUGUUGAGGCUAAAGAGAAGUUUGAUACAUCAGCAGAAUCAGCAGAAACCAUUGUAAGCACAAUGGAAGUGGACAACUCAUACCCUGCAAUAACAUCUCAUAUGGAAAAACUGAAUGAAGCUGAGAAAGUCUCUGCUGUUUCUUCUCCUUCAGUAACAAACUCGAUGAGCAGUGAUGUGAAGAGUUACUUACUUUGCAACAAGGUGAGAGUGUACUCACAGUUGCCCAAUCAUCCAUUCCCAGAGGACAUUACUGUGCUCCCCAUUAGAGAAGACAAGUGGGUGGCUGUCAGCUUGGAGUUCCCAAAUGAAAAUAAUUGAAAAAUUCCUUCACCCCAUUAUCAAAACACAAAUGUAUUCCCUUAAAAAAUUGAUGCCCAUGUAAUGUUUUUUUUUUUUUUUUUAUUACAGCUCUUUUAAGUUAAAAGACUUGUUUUUUAUGUAAACAGAAAAAUAUUGGCUCUUUACAAAUGAGUUAGUAGUAAUCUUUUAUAAAAAUAUAUAAAAGCAUAUAUAUUUAAGAGUUUUAUGGGUUUUGGGGAAUGGGUGGGUGGCUCUCCCUUGUGCCUAAUUUUAUUUAAGUGAUACUACUGACGACGAAAGGGUUGUUUAGUCGGUAAAAGUGGUGUAUGAUAUCGAUGCAAUUAUCAUUUCCCACUCAAAACCCUAUUCGUCUAUUCUUCAAUCUUCAUCAUCUCUCUCACGCUCCGAAAACGCUGGCCAACGAAGAAUUUGGUCCUCUCAGGCCUCUUUUCUGAAGGAGAUUUUCCUUUUCAUUUUGCUCUGUAACUCACCGGCCUCGUCCUUCUGGCCUUCCCUUCAGUUCUGGCCAUCACUGCCUUUCCGACUCUCCUCUGUUUUUUCCGAUCUCACAAGUUCUACACACAUAAGAUGUCGAUCGAUAAGACUUGGAUUAACAAUCCAAAUAAAUUGUCUGAUGAGUAUGCAACUGGAGUGUUGGCAUUUGUUGAGAGAGCUAGACUUUUUGUGGAUGAAACAGGACUAGUGAAGUGUCCUUGUAACAAGUGUGUUAAUAUCCAAUUGCAGAAGAUUGACGUAUUAGAACAUCAUCUUUUCAAUAAUGGUUUUCUACUGACUUAUACUAAUUGGUAUUGGCAUGGAGAAGAGGAAAAAAUACCAACAAAUAAAGCAGUGCAACAAUGUCAGGGGGAUGAGAUAAUGGAGGGUCUUAAUGAUAUAGAACAACCCAAAAUAAAUAAAGAUGAUGAAAACGAUUGUGAUGAUGAUAUGCCUACAUAUGAAGACUACGACAGUUAUGAUGAUUCGUGUUGGGAUAGGUAUACAGGUGAAGAAAACGAGUGUAAUGAUGAAGUUGAACGAUAUUAUACCAAUUUGUUUGCUGAGAUGGAGGCUCCAUUAUUCCCCGGGUGUGAAAAAUACACAUCUUUUAAUUUCUUGAUUAAGUUGAUGCAUUUCAAAGUGUUGGGGAAAAUUCCUACUACGAUUUUUGAUGAAUUAUUAGAAUUGUUACAAGAUGCAUUUCCAGCUCCAAAUAAGUUGCCUAAGUCAUAUCGUGAGGCGAAGAUGUUGCUGAGUACACUAGGCCCUGCUAGGAUCCCGCAAACAUGGCUUACAACUCAUCGCAUGGACGACAAAGGGGUGAUGAAAGACGCAAAAGAUAAUUAUGAAAUUUUGAUGUGUUUGCUUGAGACACGGUCACAGUAUUUGGCAAAUCACACAGCUGUAGAGGAGGACAUCACCUCUUGCUCGAGUGGGGCAAAAUAUUCAACAGAAACUGUAUUUCCUCCACCUCAGAUUACUCAUGCAGAGCUCAAGAAGAUGAUGGAGCGCAUAAAAGCCUUGGAGGAGCUCGCGGCGAAGCUACCUCCUAAAGUCUAAGGAUCAAGAUCUUCUCCACAUCCACCUAAUCAGGAUCCUGCAGCAUCGAGCUACAAGGAAGAACAAACUUUGUGAGCUUUUAUGCUAUUAACAUGUGUAUUUAUGAUGAUAUUCAACAACUAUAAUGAGUACUAAAUAUAGCUAUGAUGAUGAGGUCUUCAACAGUAACCAACUGAUCUUUAUGUUUUAAUUUUACAUUGUUGAAAUGUGCACAAUGGGAUUCAUUGUAUGAAAGGGGAGACUUAAUUUGUGUUGUAGUAUAAUUAGUAGUGGAUAAUAGUUGAUUUGGGAUUGAUAUCAAUUACUUAUGGUUUUGAUUUGAUUGUUUAUAUUCGUAA